AUGGAUGAGCUACGUGGUAUGAAUUUCAUCAAAAUGGUUCAAAAAAUUUUGCUUCCGAUGGAUCUUUUUCUGCAAUGGCUUCAAGUAUUGGGCCUUGUUUCGUCAAGUCAAACGUGCGUCUGCGGUGGAGAGAUGGUUACUGAGAAUAAGGGGACACUGACAGGAAAGCGCUGGGCUUGUCGACACAAUUGGUGUCGGAAGAAGAGAGGUUUCCUCGUUGGGUCGUUUUUUGAGAACACGAGUUUGACGCCACAGGAAGUAUUCCAACUGUCUUAUUAUUGGUGCAGAAAUACGCACACGAUAUCUGAAAUCCAGUUUGAUAUGCGGCGUGAGGACGGCUCUACUCUCAGAACUCGAACUACUGUCGACUGGAACAACUUCUUCAGAGAUAUUCGCGUGGAAUAUUUCAUUCAGAAUCCCGUGUGUCGUGAAUCGUAUGAUUCACGAUAA